UCAUAAAUUUAUUUUAAUUCAACACUGAAAGCUGCUUUUGGAGUUGGAAUGGAAGCUUUAGUAAUUUUGUUCUGCCUGCUGUUUUCUAUUAAGAACAAGUUGAUUAGCAAAUGGGAUUUGGCAAUGUAGCUUCCACUUACCCUAGCCUAGAUUGGUUAUAAAAAGUUAGCUACAAAUUGGUAUUUUUGUGGUUUAGUAGUGCACUAUCUAUAUUACCAAGUUAGCUGCCUGCCAUUUUAGCUUCUGAAUUUGCUUCCUGUUCACUUUUUGGAUUAUAUCAUCAAAUCCAUCCCGAGUCUGAUAAUAUCUCCAAUGAUCUGAGCAAAUAAUUUUAUAUGUGCUUGGCAUUUGGCAAUUCUUAUUGUCAUCUGAGUAUCUGGCUUUGCUUUCUUGUUGAUGCUUUCUACUUUUUACUUCUUAACAUUGUGUAGAUGGUUUAGGAAAAACUUAGUUUUUUCAAAAUUGAUUUUUGGAAUGUUUCGAGUACCUCUUUAACUGCUUUAUUCUUUCCAAUUUUCUGCUCAGCAUAGGUUUUCUCCUUUUAAAGUUAAAAGAAAUAGUACCCCUUGUAGUCCUCUUGCUGAGCACCAUAUGUGCACUAUGGGAACCGAGGCAUUGGAUAUAGCGGCUUCAAUUCUGACCAUUCAAUCAUCUUAUAUUUACGUGGUAAGGCUGGUGGUGAUACCAGCCAUAACUGGAUGUUCAAUUGAAUUGAAGUAAUACUUUUUACUGGCUGUCACUGAUGUCUCAACACAGGCAGCUUUCUCAUGUAGCGUAGAUACAAGUUCCCAUCUUAUUGAAUGGUCAAAAUUGAAGCCGCCUGUUUACUCACCUAUAGCUCUCUACUCUUGCACCGCACUACAGCCGUCCCCUGAAGAAAUGGUUGAAAUAUGCAUUUGAAACUGGGGCAAUGGCCUUAACAUGGCUUUUUAUUCUACAUGGUGGUCAGUCGUUUCACUUGGAGGAUGGUCUGACUAUAGCUUUUCAUUCUAGAACCUGGAUGGUGGCCAGGCAUUUGCACUGGGUUGGGUGGAAGAUUUAUUCUAUUGAACUCUUUUUCUCUAAAAUUUUAAGCACUCGAAAGUGUGUGGGCUUGUUUGCCCCCAUUCUGAGUUCUUUAAAAUAUUGUAUUGUGCCCUUAUAUUUGUCCAUCGAAGACUUUCAAGCUAAUGGCCUGGGUAGGACUCAGUAUUUACUGGCCGGACAGCGGCUGCCUGUCAGCCUUACGCUUCAAGGCUAGGUGCUGAACCUUUUGGCCAAAAGUCAUGACUCAUGAUUCCCUUCUUGACUCUUGAAUUAUUUUGGUAAACUCUAGUUACUCCAUAAUAAUGAAUGAGAUUCACUUGACUGACCGGCGGUGUUAGGAAAUGUUUGAAUCUCUGCCGUGCAGUGUGGGGAAAUGUUUGAAUCUCAAACCACCGAGUCAUCUGGCCAGAGAAGGAACAAAAAUAAUGUUUCUGAUUAAGCUAUCUGCCAGUACAGGGGCACAAAAAAUCUUCGUUCAGUUACUUAUUCUAGUGUUGCUAGUUUGUUAAGUUGGACGUGAAAUGAAACUAAAUCAAUCAUGCAAGUACUGCUAGAAUAUGAUGAAACGUAUUUCUAAACAGUUUCUUUUUUGGGGGGUACAGUGGCUCUUUUUACGUGGUUAAUCAGUAACCAUGUUCAUCAGUAAUAAGGCCGCAAGGUAGCACAUACUGAAGGGCUUGGCUUUUAUGAAGACUUUCCCAUGAGGAACGCUGGAUGCGGACUCCUAACUGGUUACCCACAUAAUCCAUCAAUUGUAAAGGCUAAUCGAUUGAAACUCAAUGAAGAUUAACAUGCUACAUGAUUGGGGUUGCAAAAGCUACUUCAUUGGAAAGUCGAUAACUCAACUUCAAAUAACUAUUCAAUGUGUUUCCUUCGAUUGGAAGACCUUUAUUGUUGAUAAGAUGAGAAAAUAUUUUCCUUUUUGAAGUUUUUGUUCCUGCAAAUCCCUUCUAGGGAUGAUCCAAAAGCAAAAGUAGAUGCAGGAUCUACGUCUUCAAUUUCUUCAAUAACUUUACCCUUCGCACGUGCCUACAAAAGAAAUCUGGGAAAACAAGGCCUUCUUUGCUGCAAGUGCAACUCUAAUAAGUCAAACUGUUAAGGCCCAUAUACGUGGCGAUAUCUUAUUGGUUUAAUUGCAAGUUUAACGUGGUUGAACAGCGUGUAUAUCGAAUCUUUAACAAUUCAUUGAAUUCAACGUCUCCGGAUACAAAAGAAGGUCCCAAUCCACAUUCCAAAUCCCAACGGCCAAUAACAGCUGUCUAUCUUAACGAUUAAGAUCUGUUAUCGACAAGGACCAAAGUCUUCUCCGAACUCUGUUAACGCUUCUCUUCUGAUCCUCCGAGGCUGCUUUAACAACCAACCGACUCUUUGGAGAUAAAAUAGCUUCUUUUAUUAGCCUUUUCUGUUCCUGAUUCCUGGUCUAUAUUCUUUGUUGCUAUUAGUAUUAUUAUUCCAUUUUGAGCUUCAACCCAAGAGAAUAAUACCCAGAAAAGAAUAAUGGAUGAGAUGAAAGACAAAUGGAAUGGAUUCACGAAGAAGGUCAACAACCAAUUUUCAUUAUCAUCUUCUUCAUCUGGUAAAUUCAAGGGUCAUGGUAGAGUCUUGGGUUCCUCUUCAUCUGGACCUGUUAACCCUAUCCUUAUGCAUCCCACCCAAACUCAAAUUCCCACUCCAAAGCCUACCCCUUCUUCUUCCUCUUCGAAUUCUAAGCCUCUUUUGCAUUCAAAACCACCAAAUUAUGAUCAAAACAAGCCCAGUUCUAUCAAUAAUCUCGAACCAACUGGCAAAAGGGAAAAUGGGUUUGAUCCUUACAACUCAUUGAUCACUUGUAGCAAGGUAUCCAAGAAUGGUUUUACUUUAAAUGUGUUUGAGUGUCCGAUUUGUGGUGCUUCUUAUAGGUCUGAGGAAGAGGUGUCUAUACAUAUAGAAACUUGUGUUAAUACUAAUUCGUCAGAUAGAAAAGGCCAUGAUGGUGAUAUCAGGUCGAAUGAGAAUGAGUCACAAGAGUCUAGAAAUGAAUUGGAGGUUUGUGUUGGUUCAUUUCUUUCAGGAAAGCCACCAGAAGGGGCGGUUGAGGUGGUUCAUAGGUUGUUGAGGAAUAUAGUUAAGGAACCUGGGAAUGACAAGUUUAGGAAGAUUCGGAUGAGUAAUCCGAGGAUAAGGGAAGCAGUUGGUGAUGUGGCAGGAGGAGUUGAACUGUUGGUGUUUGUUGGAUUUGAAUUGAAGGAGGAAGGAGGGGAAAUGUGGGCAGUUAUGGAGGUUCCUAAAGAGGAGCUGAUUAGUUUGAUUAAUAAGGCAAUAAUGUUGUUGGAACCGGGAAAGAUAGAACAACUUAAGCAGAGUGAGAAUAUUUCCCCUGCAGCUCCAGCUGAGAAAGAGGAAAGUGUUGAGCCAAAGAAGAUUGACAGACAGAUCCAGGUUUUCUUCUCUGUACCUGAGAGAGUAGCAGCAAAAAUCGAGCUACCAGAUUCUUUCUAUAACCUCUCAGCUGAAGAGUUGAAGAGAGAAGCAGAUAUGAGAAAGAAAAAGAUUGCAGAAUCCCAGUUUUUAAUUCCUAAAUCUUACAAGGAAAAGCAAGCAAAAGCAGUGAGGCAGAGGUACAGAAGAACAAUAAUUCGCAUCCAAUUUCCUGACGGAGUGGUGCUUCAAGGUGUUUUUGCUCCUUGGGAGCCAACUAGUGCUCUCUAUGAGUUUGUCAGCUCUGCACUGAAAGAACCUUGCUUGGAGUUUGAGCUGUUAGAUCCUAUACUGGUUAAACGGCGGGUGAUCCCUUCUUUUCCUGCAGCAAGUGAGAAACCCAUAACGCUAGAGGAAGAGCAGUUGGUCCCCUCAGCACUUAUCAAGUUCAAGCCUAUUGAAACAGAUCACAUCGUCUUCACAGGACUGUCUAAUGAACUCCUGGAAAUCAGUGAACCCCUCGUAACCAAUUGAGUACAUGAAUUUUCUUUUACAUUGGUUUUAAAGCUGUCAAUUCAUAUUGUAAUUUUUCGCUAAAACCUUAAUUCUUUCCCGUUUGACAUUUGUUAGUGCACUUGUCAAUAAUUGUUAAUGUCCUUGGAGGAAGCCUGAGUCCACUUGUUUUUGUGUUUA